AGUUCGGUGGUGUUACUUGUAUUUGCAGGGUGUAGCUUAGCCUUGGACAACACACAGGAUUUGAAUGUGUCUCAAAGGUGUAUGGAGGAUACCACCACUUUCCUUUGGGAAAUCAACCAGGACAGGCCGAAAGACUACGCUGUUCUCAUGUAUGAUGCAUUUGGAAAGAUGGGCAGCAAUGUUGAAGGAGGUAACUCUAACCGGCCCGGCUUACUGCAUCAGUGUCGCUCUGCUGAGGGCCCUUCAUUCUCUGGACGGUACUGCCAGGUGUUCCUGAGGCAGGGAACAGCCCAGUACUUUGUGGGUGUGUGUGUUCCAGACUCAUGCGAAGAAGAGGAUUUGCAAAUGCUGGUGCUUUAUGGAAGACUUGAGUAUGGUCAGACGUCCCUCAUUCCUCCUUUACCACACAUCCUGGUCAAUGAGUCGACUCAGGAGUUAAUCAUGACCCAUUGUAUGUCCAACACUAUUACCCCUGAUGCAUCAGAUAUCACCUGCCUGUUUGUGUGUUGCCUUAUGGUUGCAGUUCCUCUUGUUGCUACCUUGUUUACAACUCUGAUAAGGAGGCAGAGGAGCAGAGAGGUCAGCCCAGCAGAAGAGUCUUCCUCUUUAAAUGCCAGCCUUGGCCUUUAUGGGACGAUGAAGACCAAUGGCUCCUCCAGUAUUGAAAUUAACAGCAACACUCCAGAAGAAAAUAGUCAAAACAGCACCAGCCCAAAAACACUGUGUUUUCCUCGAAGCUGUUUGUAUCAGUGCCUUCAGGUGUUCUCUCUACAAACUGCGAGCCAGGGUGUUUUGAGCACCUCCUCGUGUAGUCGAGAAGGAGGCUUCUCAUCCCUGAAUGGCAUCCGUGUUCUCAGCCUGUUAUGGAUCAUAUGUGGACACUCUGCACAGUUCCCCGUCAUAAACAACCUGGAUAACUACAAAAACUGGAAGAAAACAGCAGAAAGCAGCCCUCUGUAUGUGCUCUCCAUGAGUGGACCUGUGUUUUUGGCUGUAGACACCUUUUUACUUCUUGGGGGUCUGCUUAGUGCAAGGUCCCUGCUGGGCUCCAUCGACAGGGCUGAAGACAAACUGAGCCCCAGUUUGGUGACCAGCUACCUCUUCAGGAGGAUUAAAAGGAUUCAACCACUGCAUCUGUUUAUUAUGUUUCUGACCAUUGGCCUGAUCUCUCUGGUCCAGUGGGGGCCCUACUGGUUCCCAUUCAUAGAUACAUUAAUGGAUUGUAAGACUUACUGGUGGGCUAACUUGCUAUUGAUUAGUAACCUCCUUCCAGUCCAUGAAAUUUGUAUUCCUUGGACAUGGUACCUGUCUCUGGACUUUCAGUGCUACGCCACCACUCCUGUGUUGAUCUAUUUUUACAGACUAAACAAAGGUGUGUUUGCCUUUGUUGCUGGAGGCCUUCUGCUGACAACCGUUACGACCAGUACUGUUAUAACUGCGCUCCUUCAUCUUCCAGUCUUUCAGCCCUCUACACUGACAUCUGAGCAUUAUGUCUUGUAUUACUAUGUGAAACCCUACACGAGAUAUGGACCAUUUCUGAUAGGGAUCUUGACUGGAAUAUAUUUGACAACAAAGAAAGAUCAUCUGUUAAAGAAAAAGUGGCAGGCAACACUUGGUUGGUCCUGCUGCCUGUCCGUUAUGGCUGCGUUGGUUGGACUGGCCUAUGUCCUCAAGGAGACACCACCCUAUCCCUCUGUGCCACAUGCACUCUACCAGGGGCUGCACAGACCUGUCUGGGCUCUGGCUGUGACCUGGAUCAUAGUGGCUUGUGAGGAGGGUUAUGGAGGUUUUAUCAACAGCUUCUUGUCAUUGAAUGUCUGGGGUCCUCUUUCCAACAUAAGUUUUGCCUGCUAUCUAUCACAUCCUGUCUUUAUCAUCGUCUACAUCGGAUUACAGGAGACACCGAUCCACUACUCAGACAUCAACUUUAUGUACAUGUUCCUUGGCCACCUUUCACUCACACUCAUUGUGAGCUAUGUGCUCACUGUGCUGAUUGAGAGGCCAUACCUCAACCUAAAAUGGAGCUGUAAAUAAAACAAAUCAGCAGUCACAAAAUUAUACAAUUGACACCCUUUAACUUGUUUUCUUUUCAUCUGUGCCUUGUAAGCUAUACUAAUGCUCUCUUUUGUUGAAAAUAAAUGUUUGUUUCUAAGAAGACAAAAGUUUGA